CCUUCUUGGACCAGCCCAUUCUGCUGCUGCCUGCUUUGUUGAGAUGUUGCGACUUGUGCACUUGUGCCUUUUCUUGUUUCAACAUCAAAGAGGCAACAGUGCGCACGCUUUUCAAGCAGGGAAAAGAGGAUUGUGGGAGUAUGAUGGUCACAACACACUACACAAAGGAAGCGGCGGUCAUGAUGUCCUGUUGGGAAGUUUCCCACCACCACUGGGUACAAGUUCUUUGUAUGCCAGACCCAAAAGAACCGAUGAAGCAGAAGAUGCUCGAAGGAUAGCCAUCCAGCAACGGCUAGGCAUGACAGACAGUGAAAUUGAAACUACCCUGAUGAAAUGGGGAUCGCUUCUUUCAAUUACAACAGAGAAUGUUUUGGGCACCAUUGACUUUCUGCAACAACACCUCCAUUCGGACCAAACCACGCUGAAAACGAUCAUUAUGAGAAGCCCUCGCUGCAUUGGUUUCAAAGUAUCCACAUUGAGGUAUAAAUUGGAUUGGUUUCAAGACAAUUUUGGUUGGAGCCGAAAGGAGCUACUAAAGGUGCUAUCCAAACAACCAGUUCUUUUGACCCUUUCCAUCCACGACAAUCUGGAGCCAUCACUGUAUUGGUUUCAAGAAACACUGAACCUGACGGAUGAAAGACUCUCCAAAGUCUUGAAAACAAAUCCACAGCUGCUGUUGUCGAACAAGAAAACGUUUGCUCAGAAAACAGAAUGGCUACAAAAGCGGUUAGAACUGGAGACAAAAGAGGAAAUCUCAAUAGUCAUUGGGAAAGCUCCCGUCAUUUUGGGUUUUGCCACCAAUGCCAUAGACUGUAAGAUCAAUUGGCUACAAUCUAGCUUGGAGCUCACGGAUCUGGAAGUUGCCAAGCUAAUUUGGAAAUUCCCACUCUUGGUGGCCAUGAGCAUUGAGGAGAAUAUGCAGCCAACACUGAACUGGCUUGUGAACCGGCUUGGCGUUAGAACAACCAAAAAGGUCGUUUCACUCCUACCACAAGUAUUGGGUUUAAGCAUCCAAGAUGGCAUUGAACCAAAGCUGGAAUUCCUCCGAAGAGAGUUUGGACUCAAUGAAGAAGGUCUGUUGAACAUGAUUGAGAAGAUGCCAGCUCUCCUUAGUAUGAGUUGCAGUAACAUUGGCAAUACACUACAGUUCUAUUCUGAGCGCUAUGGAGAAGACUUGGCACUCCAGUAUGUUAUUGGAAGUCCAUCCUUGUUGACCUAUAGCAUGAAAAAUCGUCUAAUUCCACGUUGGGAGGAAGCUGAGGAACUGGGCUUUGAAGCAGAGGUUGCCAUUCAUGUGCUGGCACAAUCCACAAACAAAAAGUGGAACCUAUUUGUGGAAUCAAAGGGAUGAAUCCUUGGCACUGUUAGACAACAACAAAGGAUGGGAGAAGGCGGAGUGAUAUUAUUUUCCAACCAAAUAAAUGGCGAAAUCCUCAAAAGCCAUGGGAGCACCAAUAUUGUGGGUGCGCUGCCUUCUGGUAAUGUAGCUUUAGACAGCUAGCUAGCUACAAGUAGGUAGCAACCAUGCCAUAUAGCUACACCAGACACGGAAAGCUCUAGCCAUCAAGACUCUGGCUACUAGUAGAGCUAACAAUCCAGUCCGUUCUCUCUAGCUAGCUAGUCUAGGUACUCGGGCGGGACUUAGCGUUGGCGUCAUGUUUCGCCCGCCACGUGUCAGCCUCUCAGGGUGCCAUCAACUCCAACGACAGC